GACUUUAUAUAUUGCACUUUCGUAGCUUUUCUUCACUCCUCGGCAUAUCUUCACACGCCACUAUAUUCCUUAAAACCGGCGCCACGACCAACGGUGAUGGGGGUCACUGAUUUCUUUGCCGGCGAGAUAGCCACCGAGCUCCUCAAAAUUUUAAUUUCAAUAUCGCGCAAAUCCUGUAUGUGUAAAGUAAGCGCGGAUUCGCUUAUAACCAGUAUAAAUGAAUUCCUCCCUAUCAUUCAAGAAAUCAAAUUCUCCGGUGUCGAACUUCCAGCCAUGCGACAAGCCCAGCUCGACCGUCUCUCGGAGACUCUCCGGGACGGCCUUGAGCUGGCCCGCAAGGUAUUAGCCUCGAAUCGAUGGAAUGUCUACAAAAACCUUCAACUUGCCAGAAAGAUGGAAAAGCUUGAAAAAAAUGUUUCGAGGUUUGUUAAUGGACCGAUGCAGGCGCACCUUUUGGCUGAUGUCCAUCAUCUGAGGUUUGAGACGGCGGAGAGAUUUGAUAGGCUGGAGGAUUCCGCGAGGCGGCUGGAGCAAAGACUUGGGACUAUGAAGAUUGGGGCGGGAGGUGGAGGGUGGAUGGAGGAGGCAGUCAAGAGAGUUGAAGUGGAGGAAGAGAGAUGGGAGACUAGUUUAGUAAAUUUACUGGGCGUGGGCAUGGAGGUCGGGAAGAGGAAGGUAAAGGAGAUGGUGAUUGGGAGAGAAGAUUUGGGAGUUGUUGGGAUUUGUGGAUUUGGUGGCUCUGGGAAGACCACUUUGGCUAAUGAAGUUUGCAGAGAUGAUCAAGUUAGAAGUCAUUUCCAGAAUAGGAUUUUGUUCUUGACAGUAUCACAGUCUCCAAACGUGGAACAAUUGAGGGCAAAAAUCUGGGGAUUUGUUUCAGGAAGUGAUUCUAUGGCAUGGGGUGGCAAUGAUCUGAUUAACAAAUGGAAUCCGCAAUUUGAUUGGAGGAUUGGAACUCGAAUGUUGAUUGUUCUGGAUGAUGUGUGGUCACUUUCUGUGCUUGAACAGCUAAUUUUUAGAGUAGCUGGAUGCAAAACACUUGUUGUUUCACGAUUCAAAUUCCCAACCGUUCUUAGUACUACUUAUGAAGUAGAAUUGUUGAAAGGAGAUGAGGCAGUCUCCCUGUUCUGCCUUUCUGCUUUUGGACAAAAAUCUAUUCCGUCUACUGCUGAUUCCAAUUUGGUUAAGCAGAUCGUCAAUGAGUGCAAAGGACUGCCUUUGGCUCUUAAGGUGAUCGGAGCUUCGCUAAGGGACCAACCUGAAAUUUAUUGGGCGAGUGCAAAGAAGAGAUUGUCAAGGGGUGAACCUAUUUGCGAGUCCCAUGAAAACAAAUUGCUUGAUAGGAUGGCAAUAAGCAUUAAAUUCUUGUCUAAAAAGGUUAGAGAAUGCUUCUUAGAUUUGGGAUGUUUUCCUGAAGACAAGAAGAUCCCUCUUGAUGUUCUCAUCAAUAUGUGGGUUGAGAUCCAUGAUCUUGAUAAGGAAGAAGCUUUUGCUAUCCUUGUUGAACUUUCAGACAAGAAUCUUCUCACUUUGGUGAAGGAUGCACGGGUUGGAGAUCUAUAUAGCAGUUACUAUGAGAUUUCUGUUAUUCAACAUGAUGUGUUACGGGAUCUUGCUAUUCACUUGGCGAAUCAUGGAAAUGUAAAUGAACGCAAGCGAUUACUUAUGCCAAGAAGAGAAGCAGAGGUCCCAAAAGAAUGGGUGAGAAAUGCUGAUCAACCUUUCAAUGCUCAGAUUGUUUCAAUUCAUACAGGUGAGAUGAGAGAAAUGGACUGGUACCGGAUGGAUUUCCCCAAAGCCGAAGUCCUCAUCUUAAACUUCUCAGCUAAUGAGUACUUCUUGCCUCCCUUCAUUUACGACAUGCCAAAGCUUAGAGCAUUGAUAGUGAUAAAUUACAGUACACGAAAUGCAACACUUGACAAUUUUUCAGUUUUUUCUGGUUUAGCCAACUUGAGAAGCCUUUGGCUUGAAAAGGUUUCAAUUGCUCAAUUGACAGAAUCCACAAUCCCCUUGAAAAAUUUGAGUAAAAUAUCUCUCAUCCUAUGCAAGAUCAAUAACAGCCUUGAUCAGUCUGUGAUCGACCUACCCCAAAUCUUCCCUUCACUCUCAGAGCUCACAAUUGAUCACUGUGAUGAUUUGAUAAAGUUGCCUCUUAGCAUUUGUAGGAUGCAUUCACUGAAGAGUCUUAGUAUAACCAAUUGCCACAAUCUACAAGAAGUCCCUGCUAAUUUGGGCAACCUUAAAUUUCUACAAAUUCUAAGGUUGUAUGCAUGUCCAACUCUGAAGAUGCUUCCAUCAACCAUAUGUGAGCUUGUGUCAUUGGAGUACCUAGACAUUUCUCAAUGCAUUAAUCUAAAAUGUCUACCAGAGAAGAUGGGAAGAUUAUCAAGGUUGGAGAAGAUUGACAUGAGAGAAUGCUCAGAGAUUAUGAAAAUACCAAAAUCUGUUGAGUGUUUAGAGUCUUUAAGAAGUGUAAUUUGUGAUGAAGAAGUUUCUUGGUUGUGGAAGGAAGUGAGUCAGAGUAAUCUUCAUGUCCAGGUUGCUGAGAAACAAUUUAGUCUGGAUUGGCUUGAUGAAUGAAUAAUGAUACUCUGUUGAUACUGGUAGAAAUUAAUGUAAAUAAUUCUUUUAUUUUUUCA